UGUGGAGUGGCUUGGAACAAUGCUGCUCCGAAAUAAUUAAUAUAGGUAAGAUGUGAUAAUGAAAUAGAGCAGUUUUACUUUUGAUAUUUAUUGGAAUUUAGAAUAUGUCACCAAACCCUUAAUUAAGCAUGCGUUUAUGUCCACUUUGAAAAAAAACCUGAGUAAAAUUUUCCCACUCCACUCGGUUCCUCUGUGCCUACAUUAUUUUUUUAUAAAUUGUGUUUCAAGAAAUGAUUUUCAGUUCCAGUUUCUGUCACCCAGGUUUCAAGAUUGGAGUGGCUUAAAAAGAUACAGCACGCGUAUUCUGUAUCCUCUAAGAAAGAAAUUUCUUUCUAUAAACUCUUUAUCGCACUUUACCCUAUUCUGUAAGAUGAUUCGGCAGCGAUCGGGUUGCACGAACGCAUUGUUCGGUAUAAAGGAAUAGAAAGGCAAAAUUACCUCUUUCUAUUAUUCUUGUCUCUUUUUAACACACGCGUACUUAUUGCAUCUUUGUCGGCAGUCCGCAUGUUGUCUACAUUACGUAAAAGUGGGGUUAUGCAUAUGUUAAUAUGUUAAUAACGACGGUUAAUAAUAAUCAUCUACAAGUGAAUACCAUGGAUAAACGGGAUUUUAAGACUCAUCCUCACCAGUGGAGCACUAUUGUGGACUUUGGAGAAGAGCAUCCCACAAUUUUUAGACCACAAUUCAAACAUGGUGACGAUGAUGCUAGACAAAAUGCGAUAUGUUGGGAGAAGCUAGUACAAUCAUUGAAUUCGAUGGGAUUUGGGUUUAGGAGUGUGGAGAAAUGGAAAAUGGCUGUUGGUAGAUGGAAAUCUAAGGUUAAGGUAAAAGCAGCACAGCUGAGGAUCGAGAGCCAAAAAACUGGUGGUGGCUGUUUAAAUGCUGCUCCGUUAACAGACACGGAGGAGCGACUAAUGAAAUUAAUUGGUUGGAAAUCAGUAACAGGGAAUAGCAAUGCAGAGCUGGGAUUGGUCAUUUGAUACAUUUAAAUGAAAUUGGAUCCAUCCGGCCCAUCGCAGCACACUAGCCACUGCCAGAAUUGAAACCCUUCAUAGAAGGAAACACCAGUAAAACUGCAACACCAAAUCCUCAACCUUCUUGCAGCACAGUAUCGAAGUCGCCUCCAACACUUAAUCAAGAACCAGCCAGAAAACGUAGUCGACUAUCUACUGAAAAAUCAAGGAAAUUUGUUUCCUUGGCAAAAAUGCAUCAGGAGGCCAUGGAGGAAAGGAAAAAAUUGAGAAAUAUUGUCAAACGACAGGCUGAAGCCCAAGAAGCAAUGGCUGGAACACUUAAAGAACUUUUGGCCUAUAUAAGAACAAAAGAUGAAAAAUGAAUAAACAUAAUAGUGCAUUGUAAACAAUGUGAUUUUAGUUUUAGAAGUAUAAAUAAUAUUUAUUUAUAGAAUUUAUUUUUGUUUGCUCUUAGAUUGUUUGACUGAAUAAUGAUUCAAGUUUUUUCGUUGUAAUGUUUGUUUGUGGAAAACCUUUGUCUUUGUUUCAUGGUGUUUUUCACAAUAAAAUAUUUUUUUUAA